UACGCUCUCUCUUGGUCGCUCUCUCUUUCUGGCUGUGCGUCGACGCAACACGUUUUUGUGCUAUGCAGCGCUCGCUGCCAGCGCUCACUCAUUUAGUACCCAAACACGAGUCGGGCAGAGCACACGUCGACGCUCCGCUGCGUAAACGAAUUCAAAUACGAAAUCGAGUUGAAUUAAAUAGAUCGAAAUAAAAGUGAAAAACUGAAACAUAUUUAUUUAUAUUUUUUUACUUGUGCAAAAUUCUUGUGAAAAGACACCCACAACAACAACAACAACAACAGCGAGUGGAAGAGGAAGCAGCAGAAGAUGCUCAAGUGGGCUGUGAACCAGCCGCGCCCUUCCUACCUGGCCGAGCAGCCAGUCGCGGGCACAGAUCCGGGCACAGGCACAGUCCAUCAUGUCAUCAGCAGCUACAGCGACUUCCAGGCGGCAGCCACGCCCAUGCGCACAGCCGCCCUCCCGACGCAGCGGCUCAAGCUGAAGCGGCAAUCGCUGCUGCCGGGCCUCCUCCACCUGGGCAAGGAGAAUCAAUUGACUUCGACGCCGCUGCCCGCAGCUGGAGUUGGAGCACGCACUCCUCUGCUCCGAGAUCUGAGCAACAUCAUGUCGCCUGUCCACACGCCCAUUAACACGGCCAUGCCCACGCCCACGGCCAAGGCGAAGCCCGCUGUCUAUGCCUCCACGCUGCCCACCUUCGAGGCGGAGUACUCGCCCAGCUACAGGGUCGACCAGAAUGGGGAGAACAACAACAACAACAACGUCAUCUUUCCAGGAGCGCUGCUGGCGCUGCGCGGCAUGGGCAUUCCGGACAGCUACUUCGAGAAGCCGCGCUACCUGGAACAGAAGCCACUUUCCCUUGACCAAGUGGGAGCUGCUCCCCCUGCUUCUCCUGCUCCUGCUGCUUCUCUUCCCAGUGCUGAGCAGACGACGCUCAGCUCCAGCCAAAUGGGCGAUGUCACCUUGGAACGCAUGAUCGAUGCCAUUCUGGAGAGCACGCGCAAGCCGCCAGCUCGUGUCCGUGCCCGAUCCCGUUGCCAUUCCCGUCUGCGCCAGCGGCAACGUCAGAGGCCGCAGCCUCAGCCUCAGCUUCAGCCUGGACAGCGUCUCAUCUCGACGAGCCACUCGCCCACCUAUCGACCCGCCUUCGAUCCGGCCAGCGAUCUGUCCGAGUACUGGCAGCCACCUGUGCAUCCGGAUGCCUACGAGGAGCGGGAAGUGUGCUCCCCACAGCCGCUCUCCCAGUCGGGAUCUGGACUGGAGCUGGAACUGGGAGGGGGAGGUGGAGGGGGGCAGGGCAAGCGGCGUUCUCUGCAGCUGAGGAGGCAGCGCGUGGUGCGACGCAAGCGGCAGAUCGCGACGAAGAUCUCGUCGAGCGUGCGCCAAUCGGCGCAGAAGCUGCUGGCGGCCGCCUCGCGCUCCGCCCAGAAGCUGCCCCACUCCCAAUCCCGCGCCAAGCAGCGGCACAUCAGCCCCGACAGCGGACACAAUUCCACCAGCGACUGCGAGCUGGAACUGGACGAGGAGAAGGAUGAGAACCUGGCGCUGGGCAAGCCGCAGCUGGAGGGCAUUUGGCUGCAGUCGGAGGCGCGGGAUGCGACCAAGCGGCGUCUCAGCUUCUCGCUCAACGAGCAAAGCUAAUCACAUGAAUGUUUUAAAAUAGCUUAAAUAUUUUUUUUUCAAAUAUUUUUUUUGAUUAAUUUAAGAGUUUUUCCUGCUAAAAGAGUAAAUAAUUGAAUUAUGAAAAUUA